CGAAAUACAAACUCUGCUCCGUUUCGUGUAUCCUGCCGGUCAAGGCAUUGUUACGAAUUGUUACAAUUAAUUUUAGAACACAGAGACAAUAUCGCGAUGACGACCGCCGACAUAGACGUGAUUUUAAAUCAACUGGGUUGGCAGGAUGGCUUUCGAAUUCCUGUAGCUAAUGAGGAGAACAAACGUUUGGAAGAAGAAGUUAUUAGAAAGACAGAAUGCAGAAUGUCCUUGAACACAAAACUAGAGAGCCUAGAGGAGCGAUUGAAGAUGAUCAAAAAACAUGCUGCUGAUAUCGUAUUGCGUUACGAGUUCAAUCAGAAGCUGCUCGCUGAACACUCAAUUCAGCUGGAGGCAGAGGAUCAUCUUUAUCAUUUGAGCGUCAAUAUGGAGUCAUCAUUGCGCCAAGAAACUCAUGAAUUUGAAAAAGAAAGGACACAAGUAAAUUACAGGAUAUCAAGUGUGGAAAAGAAUCUGCUGAGGAUGGGAGAAAAGCUUGUUGAAACUAAGCAGAUGGUUCACUUUGAUGAGGACAGUCUACGCAAGUGGGAAGAAACACUUGCGCGCAAAGAAGAAGAUAAUCAACUGAUAGAAAGUUACAUGAAGCAAGACACACAAAAGUAUAAGGAAUUGGAGCAGCAACGUCAGAAACUUAGUACAGAACUCGAAACUUAUCGUCAAGUCAUCAUCAAAGCUGUCGACGAGGCGCAAGAGUUGGAAAUUGUCCUAGAUCGCACGGCAAAAUUAUAUAUGGAGGCGUUAAAAGAGCGCAGGCAGAUGAUAAAUCAAUGGACGCAAAGCGUUAACGUUUUGCGGCAAAAAGACAACGACAUACAAAACUGUCUGAAAGAAGUCGAAGCGUUGCAAGAAAUCGAUAAAGAGAAGAAAAGGAAUCUCAGAGAAGUAGAACAGUUUUUGAAAGAUCAAAUUGUAAAUAACAGACAACUGGAGGAGUCGAUUAAGCAAUCGGAGAAAGAACUUGCUGCAAUCCGAGACAAACAACGUAAAGUCACGGAGAUAAUCGGAAGUUAUAACAUCGAGGUCUAUCAUCAGAAAAAGUUAGUAGCAGAUCUAGCACGCCGUGUGCAACAAGUUCGGACCAACGUCAAACGCAAGAAAAUCGAAAUCAACGAUAAACACACAAAAAUGGACAAUUACAAGAAGCGGAUGGAAGAUCUAACGUCGACAUUACAAGAAAUCGAGGACCAAAAGUUGAACGUCGAAGAAAGAACGAAACGAUUGGAAAAGAUGAUUGAGCAUAACGAGAAACGGAAAGCCACGAUCAUCAAAGAAUCAAAACAUUUGCAGUUCAUGAUUUUAUGCGCUACGAAUAAAAUUGCAGAACUGGAGCAUGAAAGGAAAACUCUGCAAAUGCAAACACAAUGUGAACACAAGAAGAUUGAUCUGCUUGCUGUGUUAUUAGCGAAAGAGAAAAAGCUACUGGAUGACAAAAAGGAAAUCCUCUAUCAGGCGGAUUUUAAUCUAGAGAAAUGCGAGAUGAAGCUCGAGCGAAUCAGAGGCUUCGAACACGACAAGAGCGAAUCCGAGAAGAAGCAGCAAAGGAUCGAAGAGCUGCAAGCUGUAUUGAGCGAGAAAACAGCCACAUCUAAACUGCUGCAAAGCCAAAUCACGACUUUGGAGCACGACAUGAGGAUGAUAUCUAACUGCUUGACGAACGAAAAUGAUGAAAUCGAGCGACUGAGAAGCAAAAAGCAAGACCUGUUGCUGUUAUUAGACGGAGGCGAGAAGCGAUUGAAGGUCGCGCAAUCCCGGAAUGAGGAAAGACAAGUGGAGGAAAACAUAAUGCGCCUUAGGGUAUCGCAGCUCGAACGAAUGACAUCGAACGUGAGCGACAAAGUGUAUAAUUUGGAGAAGUAUCGUCUUCAUCUCGAAGCGGCACUCAAGGAGCGCGCAGCGGAGAUCACGGCGCAGAAAGAGGCGCUCAUCGUACAGAAGAGGAUUGCCAACAAUGAGUGCUCAGAGCUGCGUGUCGCCGUCGCCGAGAGGAAAAGCAGAAUACGGCAGUUGCAGGCGCGAUAUGACACCAGUGUCGCGGCGUCUGGUGCCACUCCGGCCGGAGUACCGAUGAGCACCGCGUAUCUCAAGAUACAGAGCGCUCAGGAGCGAUACCUAUUGCGGGAGCAAGGCGACAAAUUGGACGAGGCCAUUAGACGAACCGAACAGGAAAUACGCAGCAUGGAGAACACAUUGCGUGUGGUGAACAUAUGCAAUGACAAGUACAAGGAUAGUCUAAGCGCGGUUGAUCAGGACGGACCAGAACAAACGGAACAGAGGAGACUCGACGAGCAGCUACGCGAGGUGCAACAGAAGCAAGACCAGAGGCAGUCGCAACUGCAACGAUUGUUUGAUGAAUUGCAGAAGACGCAGAAUGAUUAUUCUCAACUACUCAACGACAUCGAAAAAGCAAAGGAAGAAAGGGAAGAUAAACAACGAUUCUUGUCGAGUGUCGAAAAACAGGUAGCGGAACAAGGAGAGAAAAUAUCUAGGGCUGACAAGUGCCUUCGUAAGGUGCAAAAGGAUAUACAAAAUCUAUAUCUUUACAAAAAAGACGACAUUGUGCUUUUACAACAGAGAGAAGUGAAAUUACGAGAACUUCAGGAACAGAACGCGUUGGUUCUUCAAGAUAUCGCGGAAUUCACGAUUCGUCACGUAGAAGCUGAAGCAUAUGUCAAGAAAUUACUGAUGGCUAAGAACAUUGAGUUGCCAUCCUUCUCUCCGUCGAUUAGAUCGCCCAUUAGUUCAUGUGGCAGUUCCGCAGGUUCUACUGAACAGGCCCUGAAGUGCACUAGUCAUAUGAGUGUUUUCACGUCAUCAAGGGAAAGCAUUGGCAGUAUAAUCAAGAUAGAACCGCGAUUUGAAAGAUCGCAAUCGAAAGAUCCAACAAACAAUACGUCAAAGAAAAGUGUAAAAUGCAUUUGUACGAAAGCUACUGCAUCAAAGCCAUCCAUCGUGAAAAUCACACGGAAAUCGUGAUAAUAAUCUUUAUAUUAUUAUAAUUAGAAUUAAGGAGUGAAUAUAUGUGAAUUAAUAUACAUAUUCUUAAAAGGCAUGACUUUUCUCAUAUAUUUUAUUUACUACUUAUAAUAAAAGAGAAAAUCGACAUGAUAUGCAUGAUAAUUUCUCAUAUCAGGAAGAGUAAAAUAUGUAUGUAGCAGAAAUAAAGGCGCAUUCACACGAA